AUGGUGGAGGAGGGAGGUGGCGGCGGCGCCAUGAGUUUCCUCAAGCGGUUCCCGCCGCCGGCCGAGGGCGUGCGGCACCAGCAGCAGGACACGGAGGCGGUGCUGGGGGGCCGCUCCCUGGGCUCCGGCACGCUCUAUAUCGCCGAGAGUCGCCUGACGUGGCUGGAAAACUCGGGAGUGGGCUUCUCCUUGGAUUACCCAACCAUAAGCCUCCAUGCAGUCUCCAGGGACCUGAGUGCCUACCCCUGGGAGCAUUUGUACGUCAUGGUCAAUGCCAAGUUUGAAGGGGAGGAGACAAAAGAGGCUCCCAUGGCUGAAGGGGAGGAGGAGGAGGAGGAGGACAGCGAUGACGAUGCUGAGCCAAUUGCGGAGUUCAGAUUUGUACCCAGUGACAAAUCAGCCUUGGAAGCCAUGUUUUCAGCCAUGUGUGAAUGUCAGACUCUGCACCCAGACCCAGAUGAUGAAGAUUCAGACAAUGACUACGAAGGGGAGGAGUACGACGUCGAGGCCCAUGAGCUAGAACAGGGUGACAUCCCAAGCUUUUACACGUACGAAGAAGGCUUGUCACACUUAACCGCAGAAGGCCAGGCCACUCUGGAGAGGCUGGAGGGCAUGCUGGCCCAGUCUGUCAGCAGUCAGUACAACAUGGCUGGAGUCAGGACAGAAGACUCCAUCAGGGAGUUUGAAGAUGGGAUGGAGGUGGACAUAGCACCAGUAGUUGCCGGGCAGUUUGAAGACGCCGAAGUGGAUCACUGAGCAGGGUGCUAUUCCUCCUGUGGCACUUGCAGGAUAAGCUGUAAAACAGAAGGCAUUGUGGUGACUAUCAGGAGUUAACUUUUCUUUUAAUGACCUAAGCUUAGCCAUCUAGGUCUGUAAAUGCUUUUCUAGGUGUUUAAAACCAGGGUUUGACAUUUGUGACCACUGUGAGGUUAUUGAAAACAGCGAUACAAACAAGAAAAACAGUUAAACCUCUUGCAUCUAACACUUGAAUGGGCCUAAUCAGGGGGGCAUUUCAAAGAAGCCUUUGUAGGAGUUCUAGGACUUCAGAAAUAAAAGUGAAAGUAGAACAGAAUUUUAGAUUGUCCUGGAAUUUUCUGUAUUUUUUUAUACCUGUCCAUUGGAUCUGUGGAGCAAAAUGGCCAUAGAAAUGUUACAAAGUCUGUCUAAUGGGAAAUGGGGUCUGCCCAGGAUUAAAAGCAAAGCUAAAUUUACUGCCCCUCAAGUUUCAGUGCUGUCCCUUUCAUUUCUUUGAGUGAGGAGAGUUUGGGUGAUGAGGAGGUAGAAUGCAGCCUGGAAAGUCCUGAACCAGAACUGUUUGUGUCUUUGUA